AUUUACUGAUGAACCUCCAGAGACUGCUUCAGCCCUGAGACUAGAGCCAUACACAGGAGACCCAGUGGCACUGCAAUGAAAGGUGACGCUGCCAAAGCGUGCGCCCCAUAUGGCAUCAGCCAAGACAAGGGCCAGAAGCCCCCCUCGGAGGAGAAGAUGGAGGAGCGGGGCCAGUGGAGCAACAAGCUUGAGUUUGUUUUGUCCGUCGCCGGCUCCAUCAUCGGCCUGGGCAACAUGUGGCGCUUCCCGUACCUCUGCUACAAGAAUGGAGGAGGUGCGUUCCUCAUCCCCUACUUGAUCUUCCUGUUCACCUGCGGCGUUCCCGUCUUCUUCUUGGAGAUAGCCCUGGGCCAGUUCACCAGCGAGGGAGGCAUUACCUGCUGGAGGAAAAUCAGUCCGCUGUUUGAAGGUCUUGGCUAUGGCACCCAGGUGAUCGUGACUCUGCUGAACUUCUACUACAUUAUUGUUCUUGCCUGGGCCAUUUUCUACCUGUCCUACUCCUUCUCCUGGGAUCUGGCCUGGGCGUCCUGCAACAACACCUGGAACACAGAAAGCUGCGUGGAGUUACAGAGGAGAAACACCUCAAUCGAACUAACAGCCAACCCAAAUGCCACCUCUCCCGUCAUCGAGUUCUGGGAGAGAAGAGUGCUGAGGAUUUCCCCGGGCCUCGACCACAUGGGCUCUCUGAACUGGGACCUGGUCCUGUGUCUGUUCAUCGCCUGGGUCAUGUGCUACUUCUGCAUCUGGAAGGGGGUGAAAUCCACAGGAAAGGUGGUCUACUUCACGGCGACCUUCCCCUAUCUGAUGCUGAUUGUGCUGUUGAUCAGAGGGCUCACCCUGCCCGGCGCUGGGAUCGGCAUCCAGUUUUACCUUUAUCCAGACCUGGGACGCCUGUCAGACCCACAGGUGUGGAUGGAUGCUGGCACCCAGAUCUUCUACUCUUACGCCAUCUGUUUAGGGUCGCUGACUGCUCUGGGAAGCUACAACAAAUACAACAAUAACUGUUACCGAGAUUGCAUCGCGUUAUGCUUUCUGAACAGUGCCACCAGUUUUGUGGCGGGCUUUGCGAUCUUCUCCAUCCUGGGUUUCAUGUCCUAUGAGCAGAAUGUUCCCAUCUCAGAAGUGGCAGUAUCUGGUCCCGGCCUGGCCUUCAUAGCUUACCCGCGCGCUGUGAGCAUGAUGCCUUUCUCUCCUCUCUGGGCCGCCCUCUUCUUCAUCAUGAUCGUCUUUCUGGGGCUUGACAGUCAGUUUGUGUGUGUCGAGAGCCUUGUGACGGCGAUCGUCGACAUGUACCCCACCGUGUUCCGCCGUAAAAACCGCAGGGAGCUCUUCCUGUUAGGCUUGGUCUUCCUCUCCUUCUUCAUGGGCCUCAUCAUGCUGAUGGAGGGAGGCAUGUAUGUUUUCCAGCUCUUUGAUUACUAUGCAGCCAGUGGCAUGUGUCUUCUCUUCAUGUCCAUCUUUGAAACCGUCUGCAUUGCAUGGGUCUAUGGUGCAGAUCGCUUUUAUGAUAACAUUGAGGACAUGAUUGGCUACCGUCCAGGACCUUACUUCAAGUACUGUUGGUUGUUCUUCACCCCGGCCACGUGCAUUGGUACCUUUGCCUUCUCUCUCAUCAAAUACACCCCUCUAAAGUACAACAACGUCUAUGUGUACCCUUGGUGGGGUUAUGCAAUUGGCUGGCUGCUCGCUCUCUCCUCCGUGGCCUGCAUUCCACUUUGGAUGGUGUACAAGAUCAGCACCACCCAAGGGACGUUCAGAGAGCGCAUCCAGCUGCUCAUCAAACCAUCGGACGCCUUACCCAAAACCAAGAGGGAGCAGGAGAAGUUGCUGGCCAUCUUUGCUCCGGAGGGAGAAACUACCAUGACUGGAAACGGCUACUAUCCUGUCUCAGAGACAGACUCCAACUUAUAAGGCCCCCAGUGGCGAUGUGAAAGACAUGUGUGGAGGACUCAGGAGAUAAUAGGCAUACAAUAUGUUGGGUCUGGCAGCGUCUGUCCAUUUCAGGGAUGGCAGGGAUGUGGAGGAGAAAAAGGAUAAAGAAACAUAAAUUGUAAAGUCAUUUAUUUGAGUUCUAAAGGGACAAGGGCAUUUUUUUUUCAGGGACAAAAGUUAUUUACUCUACUCAAACUGAUAUUAAAUACAUUAAUAGAUUGGCAGAUGUUGUUCAACUCUGCAUUUCACGGAUGAUUUAAAUGAACCGAUUCAAGGUCAGCUGAAAUUUACGAGACAGCCUUGUUGAUGAAAAUGUUACAAUUUUAUAAUGGAGGUUAAUGGCCUUUUUGUCUCAAUUUAAAAGGUGGCAGACACACAGGUACCACAAACAGCUUAAGAAGAAAUGUCUUAGUUUGCAUAAUAAGGAUAUGGUUUGUGUAAAUGUAACACUAAGAAAACACAUGUAAGAUACUUUUUGAAGUGUCCUUGUAUAUCUGACAUUGCUUCAAGGCUACUUAGCCAUAUUUGUAUCAUAUAUUGUAUUAUCAUAAAUGAUGAUUGGGAAAAGUUUCCCUUUUGUAUUUACAAUAAUCAAAAUAUAUUGUUGUGUUUUACAUGAAUAGGCCGUGCAAUGAAAGGAUAUGUCAGUGAAAAGUAUCAUACUGUAGCAGUAUCUGUAGAACUAACAUGACAUAUACAACGUAGUUUCAUAUUUUGUACUAUAACAGAAUAUGACUGUACAAAUGUGAAUCUUGUAAGUAUGUUUUUUUCAAUAAACAUGCAACAUUUCAUGUUUUCUUGAAUAAUUGCUAUGCAGUCCUGUAUUAAAGUCUGAUAAAAAAUAAA